AUGACCACUUUCAUUUCGCUGGGACUCCUGGCUCUUCUCGCGGUGGCGGUGACCGUGGCCCAUGGCGAUACGCCACCGCCUGCGUCUGCUGUGCUCUCGCUGGUCCAGGUGGUGACCCGCCACGGAGACCGAACGCCGACGACGGCUAUUGCCAGCGAUCCUGCGACAUGGAUUUGCCACGCAUCGACGGUGCUCUCGCCGCUAUUGGAUCCACCGAGUCAUGCGUCUGUGCCGAGUAUGGGAAGGCUGUUCAACUUGCGGUUCAUCGAUGGUCGCCAGCCGCUGGCGGGUAACUGCUCGACCGGCCAGCUGACCAACAUUGGCCAGAAGCAGCAGCUGAUGCUUGGCGCCGAACUGAGGAAGCGGUAUGUCGAGGAUGUUCCGCUGCUGCCGGGCUCUUACGACGCUGACCUCAUGUAUGUCCGCGCUACUGACGUGCCGCGGACGAUCAUGAGCGCAGAGGAGCUGAUCAACGGCAUGUACCCGAUGCCGAGCGGCUCGAGCUCGUCGAGCCAGGUUGUGGCGACGUGGACGAUCGACACCUCGCGCGAUCCGAUGUCGAUCAACCCCAAGCUCUGCCCGGCCAUCUCCGAGACCAUUGGCGAGUUCCUUGCUCACAACCUGACCGUUGCCGAGCGGGUCACUGCCCUCCUCCUUCCGUUUGUGCCCGAGCUCGACCGUGCGCUCCAGACCAAGGACCCGCUCAAGGCGCUGGCAUACUACGACAACAUCAACUGCCGCGUCCAUCACGACCUCCCGCUUCCGGGCUCUCCGCCGCUCUCGAUGGCCGCAUACCAUGCACUGUACGCGGCAUGGAACGAGGUCGGCAUCGCUUUGUUCCACGGCUCGGCCUUUUCGCUCGGCCCGUUCUACGCCACCCUCCUCGACAACAUGGCUGCCGCCAACACUGGCGGUUCUGGUCUUGCCAAGUUCCGGCUCUUUUCAGGACACGAUACCUCUGUUGGCCCGCUCCUCGCCGCCAUGGGCCUGUGGACCGUACCGGGCGCGCCGAGCAACGCCACCGUCCGUGUCCUGUACCUCGGCAAGCCGGUUGUCCUCCCAGCCUGCGCCGGUGCCGAGUACUGUCCGCUGGCUACCUUUGCUGCAACUCUCAAGCUCUCGAUCCCGGACGACUACCAGGAGGCAUGUAAGAUCAAAAAGCUGACGAGCGAUGCGAGUGUCACAGCCAUCGACUACCUGCACAGCGUGUGGCGGUAA